UUUCGCCCACUGACGCAAGUAACAAGUAAGCCACGUGGACAAUUGUUUUCUUUUUUGUUUUCAAAAUUCAAAAACUAUUUUUUUUUACAAAUUAACUGAAAAUGAAUGCGAAAAAUUUAGAAAAAAUCAUGAAAAUCAAUAAAACGCGAAAUAAAUUAGGUGUGAUUAUUUUUCUAAUAUUCCUGAUAACGAGUAUUAGUUUGUUUAUUUACUUGAAUCGAGUGCAUCCUUAUUAUUUUAUCGAUGAAGUUUUUCAUAUUCCACAAACUCAACGUUAUUGUGAGGGAAAAUUUGAUAGUUGGGAUCCAAAAAUUACAACACUUCCUGGUGUUUAUUUGUUUACGACCAUCAUUCUAGCACCUUUUGGAUUUUGUAAUACAAUUUUAAUUCGUUCAACAAAUUUAAUUGCGACUUUUUUAAAUUUCUUUUUAAUUUAUAAUAUAUGUCGUUUAAAAAAUUCUCAUUCACAAAAUUGGUGGAUUAAUCUUCUUAGCUCUUAUAAUAUUGUUCUAUUUCCGCCACUUUUUUUCUGGUUUUUUUUAUAUUAUACAGAUGUUUUCUCGAUGACAAUAAUUUUGACAAUGUAUUUAUUACACUUGCGAGGAAAUAUUAAAUCCGCUGCAUUUGCAGGUAUAAUUUCCGUAUUCGUGAGGCAAACAAAUAUAAUUUGGGUUAUUUUAAUCACUAUUGAAGAUGGUUUAAAUUUUGUUGAAUUAAAAGCACGAAAACCUCUAUCGCGUGAUGUACGCAAUUCACCGAAAUAUGUGCAGUGGCUCUUGGAUAUCAUAAAUGCACAAGUUCGAAGAGGUCUAUUGUCAUUUCUAAAGUUCAGUAUGGAAAUCUUCUCAGCCUUGACUCCAUAUAUUAUAGUUGGAAUACUUUUUCUGGCUUUUAUUGUCUGGAAUGGUGGUAUCGUUGUUGGAGAUCGUACAGCUCACGUUCCAACAAUUCACGUGCCACAGUUCUUUUAUUUUUUUAGUUUUACAUUUUGUUUUGCCUGGCCCUAUAUACUACCAUAUUGGAAAGUAUUUCUUCGUGAUUCACUUGAACAUUGGAUUAUGUCCAGUUUUAUUUUUUCUCUUUUAUUGAUGAUAAUUCAUUCAAAUACAUUGGUUCAUCCAUAUGUUUUGGCCGAUAAUCGACAUUAUAUUUUUUAUUUUUGGAAUUAUUUUAUGGGACGUUAUUCUUUUUUUAAAUAUUUACCAAUUCCUUUUUAUGGUUUUUGUUUGUAUGGAUUUUUUAAAUGUCCAUUUCAUAUGAGUUUUAUGAGUCGAAUUGUAUUUUUAGUUUGUACUUGUGUUGUUCUUGUUCCUCAAUUGUUGCUUGAACCGCGAUAUUUUAUUGUUCCUUAUAUUCUAUUUCGAUUAAAUAUCCAAAAUAUUCGUACUUGGCAAAUUAUUCUCGAAACUGUGACAACGUUAUUGAUUAAUUUUCUUCAGUUCUAUAUUUUUGUUAAUAAAGUUUUCUACUGGCAGGAUCAGGAACAUCCGCAGAGAAUUUCUUGGUGAUUUCAGAUUUAUAAUGUAAGAAAAAGGUGUGAUUGUAAAUGUAAAUAUUUUCUUUUGUAAUAAAACUUUGUUGAAUAUAAGAAAAAUGUUUUAUUUUUGAUACAGGAAUUUUGGUUUAAGGAUUAAUUAACGAGAAUUUACAUUCAUUACUAAGCAAAGUUCUAUGAUUUAUUCUUUUUUUUACAUCUUAUAAAGAAGUCUUAAAUAUAAUUUAAAUCUAGCAUUACUCAGUGUGUAAGUAUUUUCUAUCAUCGCAGCACUCGUUUCAACAUAUAAGUAUAAUACAUUUAUGAUACACGUUUCGAAAUUGAUAUUUUCAUGAUUUUUUCUUUUCGCUUCUGAUCUUUUCAAAAACGCCCAAUUUUUUUUUUCUUUACAAAUUAAUACUUUAAAUAAUUAUUACCUAUUUAUUAAAAUUUUCUGAAAUAAUUUUUUUUAUUAUUUAUAUGAUGAUAAAAAAUUUUUAAAGAAAAUUUUAUUUUGCACUUUGAAUUUGUCAAUUUUUAAUAUUAUCAGGUUGUGACAAAUUUUGACUACUAAAAAAAUAUAAUUUACAUUAUUUAACAUAAAAAAUUUAAUUUUUAUGUAAAUAAUUUAUAAUAAAUUAAUGAUCGUUCUGAAUUUUUAAUUAAUUUUUUUUUAAAUCCAACUUUCUCACUUAUAAAUUCCUAACUCUUAAAAUGCUAGAAGCAUAUUCGCAGUCUGUGUUAAAAUGACAUUUGUACAAAAACAAUUUUUUUUAGUUAAAAAUUAUAAUUUUCAAGAUUCUAGACUUUUCUCGCAAAAAUAAUAAUAAUGCACUUAAUUUUAAUCAAAUAUGAUUAACAUUUUGUUAAAGGCGGCUUCUAUCUAUAAUUUUGUUUAACAUUAUUAUGGCUUGAUAUUUUAUGCAGGAUUUAUUUUUCGUUUUAAGAAAAAUGUAUAGCAUUAGCGAAGAAAAUGGGAAAAAUUUAGAAAAA